AUGCGAACUUUGAAGCUGAAGCUCGUUAAACAUGCCACACGCGGAUGCGGCCUACGUGCCUUCUGGGUUGUCAAAACAGCAGUUUUGGCAGCAUAUUUAUGAGCAACUUGCCGCUCUUUUAGAGGGCCAACGUAGUUGGGUCACGAACCUGGCGAAUGCAUCGUCUUUAAUCUACAGUUCGCUUCUUGCAUACACGCCCCAUUUUGGUGAUGGCGAAAGGGCUGUCAACUGGUGUGGUUUCUAUGUAGACUCUCCAUUGUUCCCUACUCCGCGAUACGUCCAAGUAGACCCGGGACAACAACCCCAGCCAACUGCUAGAAAACUGCUUCUGGCUCCAUUCUGCGGUAAACCAGCGUGUCAACUCAUAAACGUGACUCCUGGAAAGGCUCGAGGGGUCUGCGCAGAUGCCUUCCUCCAGGCCCAAACAAAACUAGUUCCAGAUGUCGAGGCCUAUCCGGGGCACAUCGCUUGCGACGGACAGACCAAGAGCGAGAUCGUUUGCCCCUUGAUCUUGCGCCGCCAGGGUGAAAAUAACGUCGUUGUAGGGGUGCUGGAUCUUGAUUGCUUGGCUCCGGGAGGGUUUGAUGAACAUGACGUGAAGGGAUUGAACAGAAUAGCAGAUUUGGUGGUCAAUGCAUGCGAUUGGUGACCUGGACGAAUGAUCUCAAACAUUCAGACGGUGUUUGAACGGAGAACUCAAUGAAUGUGUAUGUAUACAGCAAGACGUAGUACAUGUGAAUAUAGAUCAGUUUCCCUGUUCCC